ACUCGUGAUGGCUGUCCUAUCACUAGCGUUGCUACUUGUAGGAUUUGUAUUGACUUCAGCUGACAAGGCUGGUGAAGUAGAUAAAGAGGACCAGCUGAGGAUCCGGCUGAAGGAAUACGGCCUUGUCACUCCGUUCAGCACCGACUCUCACGGACACUACCUGUCACACCUGCUCUCUGCCACUCACAAGCAGCGCGUCAAGAGGGAGGUGUUUUCUGCUGCUGAAGCUGAACAGAAGCUUUUCUUCAACAUAUCCGCCUUCGGGAAGGAGUUCCACCUCCGUCUGCGCCCCAACAACAGGCUGGUGGCACCGGGCGCCAUGGUGGAGUGGCACGAUGAGAUCCACGACUUCGGGAACGCCAGCGUCGCCUAUGGUGCCAACCAGACUAAAGCCGGCGGCGGGGCGGAGAGGAUACUGCACCGUGAGCUGCUGAAGACGGACUGCACCUUCAUCGGUGACAUUACAGAUGUACCCGGGGCCUCGGUUGCCAUUAACAACUGUGACGGUCUGGCUGGGAUGAUCCGCACCGACUCAGACGAGUAUUUCAUCGAGCCGCUCGAAAGAGGCACUCAGGAGCUGGAGGACCAGGGCCGGGUCCACGUGGUCUACCGCAGGUCGGCUCUGCUGCAGGCCCCCUCCUCAGACAUCUCUGAGGACUACCAGAUAAAAGAACCAGAACUGGAUGUACCUGGGACUCUGGACUCUGUCGCCCGGCAGGUCAACGAGACCAUCCGCCGCCGCCGAGAUGCCGGGGAGGACGACUACAACAUCGAAAUCCUGCUGGGAGUUGACGACUCGGUGGUACGGUUUCACGGCAAGGAGCACGUGCAAAAUUACCUCCUCACUCUCAUGAAUAUCGUGAAUGAGAUUUACCACGACGAGUCGCUGGGAGUCCACAUCAACGUGGUGCUGGUGAGGAUGAUCAUGCUGGGGUACGCCAAGUCCAUCAGCCUCAUUGAAAGAGGAAACCCAUCGCGGAGCCUGGAGAAUGUGUGCCGCUGGGCCUUUGUGCAGCAGAAAAGUGACCUUGAUCAUGCUGAGCACCACGACCACGCAAUUUUCCUCACUCGCCAAGGCUUCGGCCCCACGGGGAUGCAGGGUUAUGCUCCAGUCACAGGCAUGUGCCACCCAGUCCGGAGCUGCACCCUCAACCAUGAAGACGGCUUCUCCUCGGCCUUUGUUGUGGCUCACGAGACCGGACAUGUGCUGGGCAUGGAGCACGAUGGCCAAGGCAACCGCUGCGGAGACGAAACGUCGAUGGGAAGCGUGAUGGCUCCUCUGGUGCAGGCAGCCUUCCAUCGAUACCACUGGUCCAUGUGCAGCGGACAGGAGCUGAAAAGAUACAUCCACACGUACGACUGUCUCCUAGAUGACCCAUUCAAACACGACUGGCCGCAACUCCCUGAACUUCCCGGCAUCAACUACUCGAUGGAUGAGCAGUGUCGAUUUGACUUUGGAGUGGGCUAUAAGAUCUGCACCUCGUUCCGUACAUUUGACCCAUGUAAACAGCUGUGGUGCAGUCAUCCAGACAACCCGUACUUCUGCAAAACCAAGAAGGGUCCGCCUCUCGAUGGGACGGAGUGUGCUCCUGGAAAAUGGUGCUACAAAGGUCACUGCAUGUGGAAGAAUCCUAAUCAGAUCAAGCAAGAUGGCGCCUGGGGCUCCUGGAGCAAGUAUGGCUCCUGCUCCCGCUCUUGUGGUACUGGAGUUCGCUUCCGGACGCGUCAGUGCACCAGCCCAGCGCCCUCCAACGGCGGCCAGGACUGCCCAGGAGUGAACUUCGAGUAUCAGCUCUGCAACUCUGACGACUGCCCAAAGCACUUCGAGGAUUUCAGAGCUCAGCAGUGCCAGCUCCGCAACUCCCACUUUGAAUUCCAAAAUGCCAAACACCAUUGGCUGCCCUACGAACAUCCUGACACUAACAAGAGAUGCCACCUGUACUGCCAGUCAAAGGAGACAUCAGACGUGGCCUACAUGAAGCUGCUGGUGCAUGAUGGGACACGAUGCUCUUACAAAGACGCCUACAGCAUCUGCGUACGGGGAGAAUGUGUGAAUGUCGGCUGCGACAGAGAGAUUGGCUCCACCAAAGUUGAAGACAAAUGUGGUGUUUGUGGUGGGGACAACUCCCACUGCCGCACCGUGAAAGGAUCCUUCACCCGAACACCAAAGAAACCUGGUUACCUUAAGAUGUUUCUCAUUCCUCCUGGAGCUAGACAUGUGAUGAUCCAAGAACAUGAGGCCUCCCCUCAAAUUCUUGCAAUCAAGAACCAGGCAACGGGGCAUUACAUCCUCAACGGGAAAGGAGAGGAAGUAAAGUCCAGAAGCUUCAUUGACUUGGGCGUGGAGUGGCACUACAUCAUUGAGGACGAGGUGGAGACUCUGCACACUGACGGACCUCUUCACGACCCUGUGGUGGUUCUGAUUAUACCCAAAGAUAAUGAAACACGGUCUACUUUAAUGUACAAGUACAUCAUCCAUGAAGAUUCGGUGCCCAUCAACAACAACAACGUGAUCCAGGAGGAGACGUUUGAGUGGGCUCUGAAGAGCUGGUCUCCGUGUUCCAAGCCUUGUGCCGGAGGGUUUCAGUACACCAAGUAUGGAUGUCGAAAGAAAGGAGACACCAAAAUGGUCCAUCGGGGGUACUGCGACGCCAGCAAGAAGCCGAAACCGAUCCGCAGAAUGUGUAAUCUUCAGGACUGCACCCAGCCUCAAUGGAUCUCAGAGGAAUGGGAGCAUUGCACCAAAACCUGCGGCAGCCUGGGCUUCCAGAUCCGGACGGUCCGAUGUGUGCAGUUCCUCCACGAGGGCACCAACCGCUCCGUCCACAGCAAGUACUGCAGCGGGGAGAAGCCGGAGAGCCGGAGGCCCUGCAACAGGGUCUCCUGUCCGGCCCAGUGGAGGACCGGAGCCUGGUCAGAGUGCUCUGUGACCUGUGGGGAGGGGUUGGAGAGGCGUCUGGUCUCUUGCCGGAUCGGAGAUCAAUGUAACGGAGAAAGACCUGAAAAUGUGAGAACUUGCAGACCAGGACCCUGCCACGAUGAGCCAUGUAAUGGAGACAAAUCCAUCUUCUGCCAAAUGGAGGUCCUAGCACGCUACUGCUCUAUUCCAGGCUACAACAAACUGUGCUGCGACUCGUGCACCAGACGCGGUGGAGCUCUGUUCCCGGAAGCGGCUGAGAUGGAGGAUCAUGUCCGCUUCGGCUCAGCCUCCCAGCUGCUGGAGACAUUAACGGCCUCUGCAGCGGCCAACGGCACUCGGCGAGGAAAACAAGGACCAGGCAAGGGAUCCAGCGCCUCAGUCAAUGCUGUGAAACACGCCAUCACCCCUGCCCCACUUAAGAAAACCCUGUCGAAGAUCGCUACCACAGCACGGCGGGUACCACCACACAUGGCUCUCACUGGCAGGAAGCUGCCCGCUAUGGCACCAUCUCCCCUGGCUGAUUCCACACAGGGUCAAAGGUCGGGCAGCGUGACAGAUAGCGGGUGGCCUACAGCGUAUUCUGAAGUGGAGAGAUGAAAGAAACGCCCCUUUCCCGUCAGGACUUUCAAUAAUGUACUGCAGAUUAUCCAGCUUCAACCUGAGUCUUCUCACGCCAAAAACACCACAGAGAGAAACGCAGAGAAAGAAAGAAAAAGUGCUGGUUCACUUUGUUGUUAAGAAUUUCCAUUCCUCUAUGCCCCUCGUAUUGACUUUUAAUGUAUAAUCUUCCAGGUAGCUCCCAGAGUAUAUUAUUACUUAAAUUGAGUUUCUUUGAUUUCAUUCAUUUAAUUGAGAGGAGUAAAUAAUACAAUUAAUUCAAAUUAAAGGGGCCGCAAGGGAAAUUUCAUCCCAUGUGAAAAGAUUAAGGAAACAAAGUGUUGGUAGUUAAUAGUGAAUAAUUUCAGGGAUACAAAAUAGCCAAAGGAUAUAUUAUUAUUCAUUUAAUUUACUCCAGACUAACAGUAUAUAUAACAAAGAAAUUGUGGUUUAAUUCCAAUUGAACCCUUUUACCCAUCUGAGUAUUGAAGCUUUUAUUUAAAGUCAGGUGAAAGGUAUGGACAAAGGUGUCCAUAUUCCCCCUCUGGUUGCUCUUUUCUCUGGUCAUUUAAGAGAAAUGGAGGCUGUGUCUGCAGAGCCUCGCAGCCUCCAGAAAAUCUUCAGCAGACAGCGAGAGAGAAAAUGUCAACAGGUGCAAUAAUUACAGCUGAUUCAAUUUGUGAAGAUGUAUGCACACUGCAGAAAGACAACUCAGUACAGGAAUAAAACAGAAAUACAUGUUGCACUUGUUACAAAAAAAAACAACACGGCUCGAGUGCAAAUUGUUACAUUCACCAUUUUGUUAUUCGUAAAGUUUACCCCAGAUGCUUUUCGUUUGAUUAACAUUGCAUUACAGCAAGUUUCGACUAAUGAAACGCCACCAUUUCAAAUCUCUGAUCUCUCACCUUGGAUGGGAGGUUUUAUUUGCUAUUAAUUAAUCUAACAAAUGACAUGUAAUGUAAUGUAAUUGAAAGUUGUAGUUGAUGGAAACAGAGAUGUAAAACGGUAAUUCUGAUGCAGCUGAAAAUGUACUUGAACGUUACAAACUACCAAUUUCUUGCCAAAAAAUGUAAGUGUGAAGCUUGACUUACGGAGAACCCACAUGUCCUAGUAUGUGAGAAGUCACUGCAUUUUAUAAAAUUAAACACUAGUCUUUAUAUGGCCACAAAUGCAAAGUGGCACAACCAGUGGAAAUGGUUGAAGUUGUAUAGAUUUUUUUUUAUAUAGAUCCAGCAAUGUCAGUUAAAUGGGGCUCUACAGUUUCUAUUGAAAUGGGUAUUUAUAAAGGAUGCUGUAAAUACUGUGUAUGAAAAUAUCAGUAUUAUUUUAAGAAGCUGAGAACACUUUCAAAAAACAUUUUAA